UGUAUUGUAAUUGAGUCACGUCACGUGGACUCAAAACAUUCAUUAAUAAAUUAUUAUUGAUAUUGUGUGGACUUAUGUCAGCGUGCUUAGUAGCAGUUAAAAAUCAGGAGGCAACAAGUCCAUGCGAAAAAGACGGAAACAAAAAGAAGUCUAAAAAAAGAAAAUACGAAGAUCAAGCCACAAGUUUAGAGAAUUCUGAAUAUACGACAACAGAAUAUGCUGAUAACAAUGAAGAUGAAAACUUCAAAUUUACUAAAGAAAAGAAGAAGAAGAAAAAUAAAGUUAACCUGGAGGAAAACAAUGACCAGACUGAAAGCUGUAUAGAAGUUCUUGGCCGCAAAACCCGUUUAAAGCAAAUCGAGAAACCUUGCAAACGUAUUGAAAAUACAAAGUAUGAAACAGAAGAAUUCAUGAGCUUUAAUGAAAGAUCUAAUCAUGCAGAUGAGCCAAACUUCAAAACACAGACUAAAGAAGUAAAAUGUGAAAUAAAGCCAUAUCAGACUCAGUAUACAUCAAAUGAAAAGUACAUUAAGAUUCAUGUAAAUCCAGAAAAGGAGAUCUGCAAUAUUCCGAAACAAGUGAUAUGUACAGAAUACAGACUUGUUAUGGCAAAGCUGACGGAACUCAAAAUAGUACCACCUGAAGUUAAAGUGGUUAUUAAAGAUGCGCUUUUCUAUCCUGAAGCGACACGGAAAAAACUCAAACAAUAUUAUAAAUCAAAGCAGUUUAAAACAUUGAUAUCUCCAAAAGAACAACAAGAAAUAGAGGUAGCCGUGAAAAAUUUAAACGAUCAACUGCAAUCAAAAAUAAGUAUGAUGAAUACAUUAGCUGAAAUGGAGGAGAGCACUGGUCAGCUAACACAGGAGUUAUCAAAGACACAGUUGGACAGUGGCAAGACAAGCCAGAGUGAGUGUAAGGCUGAAAUGGAUCCUGCCAAAGUAGUGUUGUUAAAAAAAAUGUCGGAUGUGUUGCAAUCACUAAUAAGAAAUGAAAUAAAGGAUACGAAUUCUAGCAAGGAAUCUGCAAGUGAACAUUUAGAAAAUAAAGAACUAAAAUCCUCAAAAGAAAAAAGUGCUACUUCUAAAUCUACCCACUCUAAGAAUAAAAACACAUCAUCUAAAGAUAUUACCACACCAAAAAAAAGCUCAGCACAGCUUGCACUUGAAGAAAGGCUUUCAAGUUUAGCCGAGCAAAUGAAACUACUAACUGAAGGUAAAGUACCUUUAACAAAUAACACUGUAAAAUCUGGAGUAAAAAGAAUGGAAGACAGAAGACGUUUUGAAGAAGAGGGACCAAUGGGCUUUGGAAGAUGUAAAAGAGGAGCACCACAGAAUUCUGUAUUUCGUGGUGGCAAAGGAGGUUUCUUUUCUCACAGGAAUUCUCACCAAAGAGGAUAUGGAGGAACAAUCAGAGCUGCAAUGCCACAUGGUGGUUGGGGUGCUCUCCAGUCAUUUAGUAACAGUUUCGAAAAAAACUGCAAUGGUUUUAAUAAUUCAACAGGUCGAAACCAACCUUUUCGGAGUAAAGGCGGAUUUAGUGGUGGAAGAGAUUUUGGAGGACGAGGACGCAUCUCACAAAAUAACUUUGAUGCAAAACAGUAUGCCAAAAAAUGUAUGGCUGAAAAUAAAAUGCCUGAACUUAAUUUCAAUGGUGUAGAUUUAAAAAAUAUAAGUGGUUACGCAGCUAAAAUUUCAAGCUCCGGGACGUCGAAGACAGAGUUGAGUACUAGUACAAAAAGUUGACCUGCAAAAAAACUUGGAAAAUUUUAAUUGUAAUUAGUCUAAAAAUUAACAUACUGAGGGUAUUUUUAAUGUAUAUACAUUAUUACUGUAUUGGUAUAUUGUUAUUGUUACAGAAAUAUAAGCUGCAGAAACAUUCAACAGCAAUACAUUAAUAUCAAUUAAUAAUUAAUGAGUAUAAUCUUUCUAUACUAAAAGGAUAGGUGGUCAGGUUUACCACCAUUUUGUGUUACAAGAAUAGUACCAUUUUCCAAAAACUGGUACCUGCUCUCUUCUUUAGGAGUAAGAUCUUGAUACUAAUUGGCCAUACUUCAAAUUGAAAUAAAAUGAAAUCGUUUACAUUAAGAUUUUAAAAAAUGUAGUAGCCAGGUUUUAUAGCACAAGAGUUUUUAUAGGGCAUGAAGCAGAGCAGGCUCACCUUGCACAUUAGAAGGUUAUUCCUCUUCUACUUAACAUUGAUACAUUCAAUAAAUAAAAGGGAUAUUUGUGUGUUUUAAUGAGUUGUCAAAAUUUGGAAGCAGUUAUAUUAAUUACUUCAAAAGAGUUGUAUUUUUUUUUGAAAAUAGCAUAUUAAAGAGAAAGAAUUGGUAUUAGGCAUAACUUAAAGAAAACUGUAUGUAUAAAUAAAUAUUUUAUUUUGUACAUUGCAUUUUUUAUAAGAAUUGUACAUUUAAUUUGGUUGAAAAUGGAACGGUGAAUUAAUAACUUGUUUAAAUUGUCUGCUCGAGAAAAAUUGCACUUUGAUUAAAAUGUUGGAAAACGCCUUUUA